AUGCAAUUCUCUACCAUUCUCAUUUCGGUUGCAGCCCUCAUUUCAUCUGCCCUCGCUUGCAUGAACGUUAGCGUGGUUUACACCCGUGAAACCCAGUUCGAACAAAACAAUCUUUUUAUUUCAUAUUUAGACAACGGAAGAAUAACAUGCUACUACAACCAAACGACCCCCGAUCCCGAGAAGGACACACAGGUGCCUCUCGCCUCAAACCCAGGAAAGGAUGUCGUGAAUGAUACCGUUCAAGGAUGCGUACAUGGCUACGAGAGCAGAGUCAGACUCGAUUUAAAGAGUGAUAGUGACAAGGAGAAGCACAACUACAUUGAUUUUUACAGAUACACCCCAGAUGGAAUUCAUUCCGUAACUACCUCGUACAAUAAACAAUUCCUUGGGACGAGAAAUGAUGAGGAAGGGUCGUGGAGUUGGACAACUGCACUUUUCUGUUAA